CAUCAUUUAGACUCCUACCAUCGAUGAGCUACUUAUUGGUCAUAAUGUUCUUAUACUUCUCCUACGCCCAAUCUCCGCAUUUAAGAAUUGCAAGAUCUGCAAGUUUGCUUCAACCUCCUUGACAACUUCAAUUGGACAUAAUUGAACCCACAUCACAUUCUCAAAUACAUAUACAUCACUGCAUAUAUUCCUAUCAAGUGACCUUCAAGUCAUCAAAGAAACACAACAUCAUGGCUCAACCCUCACCCUCCGAGUUUCUCACCUUCUACCGCCGCACAACGCUCUCAACCUCUCUUCGAUACGCCACCGCAUCAACAACCAGCCGCUCAGCAACACUUCGACCUGUCCAAGCAACAUACGCACGGCAAUUCACCCUCACAUCACGGAAUCUCAAAAGUCAAUACCACGAAGAUGAGCAUGCCACGAAGAAAGUGAAGCAGGGCGAUGCACAUGACGUUCAAUCCAGUAAUGCCAAGGCGGGAAUUGACAGUGCGAAGAAGUCUGGGACAGGCGGCCAUGCUACUGAACAGAGAGAUUCUGCGGGAGGAAAGGCGAAGGCAAAGAGGGAGCAUCCCGAAGCUCCUGAUCCGGCUAUUGGCAUGCAAGAUGAGAGGGGUGGAAGGGGUGCGUAGAUUGAUAUGUGGUGUAUGGAUGGAGAGCAUUAUUGUAAUAUUAGGAGUUGAUAUGUGCUGCAUUGUACUUGGUCCUGAAUCUUGAAUUUCACGAUUGAUGACAUCUGUUGGAUGUUCUUUGAUGUAUACCAUACUAUGAUUGUAAUAGUCUAUGAUCGCCGAAUCUAAGAAUAAAUUAGCA